AUGGAAGUGGGCAUUCUUCGUCACGAGAAGGCAGCAUGCUCGGGGCUGAGUUCCGGAUCACGCCAUUUUGACGAGAUGAUGAAGUGGCUACUGCUGCCAGAGGCAAACCGAUGCGCAAGCGAAAGCACGCACCGUGUCUCAAGCAUUCUGGCCUCAAACCACAGUGGCGUGACCUCAGUUCGUCUGGACAAACCUCAAGGCCGUGGCUACCGCAAGAUGUACUUGCGCGCCAGACACGGACCGCCAACGCGGGUGUCUACGCCCGCGCUGUCCAACCAAUCACAGACCGACUCACACAAGACCUCGAGGCGGUCGCGACGACGCCCCGAUCUCAAAAGGCCCUCACGGCUAAACACCAUGCCAGACGGAUUGGCAACUAUAUCCUAA